GAGAGAGAGAGAGAGAGAAAGAGGAGGGGAGGAGGAAUCAGGGAAUAGGAGCUGGGGCGCCCUUCUGCACCACAGAAAAUUUUUGAAGACUUGGUGAAAGGAGGAAAACUAUCAGAAAGCCUGUAUAGCACAAUUGUACUGUAGAUGCAGUGCAGUGGAGGGAAGGCGCAGCCAGUUCCUGGUUCUUGAUGCUCUUCUGAUUCAUUGAUCAAGACACGCAACAAGAACAUGCCCUCUUGGUUUGUGGAUCAAUAGAGUUUGAAAGAUUAGAUGUUAUUUGACUGAAAAUUGAACCACCAUGAUGAGUCCAUUCCAGGCGUAAAGGGUGACUGAGGGCCAUAAUUUCAAAUAUUCCACCCCUUUUCAUAUGACCGAUAGUCAUCUUUUGGAGACGUUGGCCAGUCCCUACCAGAAAUGUAUCAUUCCUUAUCGGAGACGCGGCAUCCACUUCAGCCAGAAGAACAGGAAGUUGGCAUUGACCCCCUGUCGGGUUACUCCACCAAGUCUGGAGCUGAUACGAAUAAAAAUGGAAGACGAACAAGUUCUACUGUAGACACCGAUGGAACUUUUAACUCCUAUAGGAAAGAAUGGGAAGAACUAUUUGUAAACAACAAUUACUUGGCAACAAUAAGGCUGAAGGGGAUUAAUGGGCAGCUGAGAAGCAGCAGGUUCCGCAGUAUUUGCUGGAAGCUUUUUCUCUGUGUUCUUCCACAAGAUAAAAGUCAGUGGAUCAGCAGAAUCAAAGAAUUAAGAGCAUGGUAUAGCAACGUGAAGGAAAUACACAUCACAAACCCCAGGAAGGUUGUUGGCCAGCAAGACCUGAUGAUCAAUAAUCCCCUUUCACAGGAUGAAGGGAGUCUGUGGAACAAAUUCUUCCAAGAUAAGGAACUUCGAUCUAUGAUUGAACAAGAUGUCAAAAGAACGUUUCCUGAAAUGCAGUUUUUUCAACAAGAAAAUGUGAGAAAAAUUCUUACAGAUGUUCUUUUCUGUUAUGCCAGAGAAAACGAACAGUUGCUUUAUAAACAGGGCAUGCAUGAGCUGUUAGCACCGAUAGUCUUUAUCCUUCACUGUGACCAUCAAGCUUUCCUGCACGCUAGUGAAUCAGCACAACCCAGUGAGGAAAUGAAAACUCUCUUAAACCCUGAGUAUCUGGAACAUGAUGCCUAUGCAAUGUUCUCACAACUUAUGGAAACUGCUGAGCCUUGGUUUUCCACAUUUGAGCAUGAUGGUCAAAAGGGGAAAGAAGCACUGCUGACCCCCAUCCCUUUUGCUAGGCCACAGGACUUAGGACCGACCAUUGCCAUUGUUACUAAAGUUAACCAGAUCCAGGAUCAUCUACUGAAGAAGCAUGAUAUUGAGCUUUAUAUGCACUUGAACAGACUAGAAAUUGCACCACAGAUAUAUGGCUUACGGUGGGUGCGACUGCUGUUUGGACGCGAGUUUCCUCUGCAGGAUCUCCUGGUGGUCUGGGACGCCCUGUUUGCCGACGGGCUCAGCCUGAGUUUAGUCGAUUAUGUCUUCAUUGCCAUGUUACUCUACAUCCGAGAUGCUUUGAUCUCCAGUAACUACCAGACCUGCCUGGGUCUUCUCAUGCAUUACCCACCCAUGGGGGACGUACACUCGCUGAUCCUUAAGGCUCUGUACCUUCGAGACCCAAAGCGAAAUCCAAGACCAGUCACUUAUCAAUUCCAUCAAAACCUGGAUUAUUACAAAGCCCGGGGAGCAGACCUCAUGAACAAGAGCCGGACCAAUGCCAAAGGAGCGCCCCUGAAUAUCAACAAGGUCUCCAAUAGCCUGAUUAAUUUCGGAAGGAAGCUGAUUUCCCCUGCAAUGGCCCCAGGCAGUGUGGGUGGCCCCCUAGCGGUACCUGGGGGCAAUAGCAGCAACUCUGCUGCCACCACCACCGUUAGGCCCCCCACCAGGACCUCCACAGAGGCACAGCGACAACAUCUGCAGCAGCAGCAGCAGCAGCAGCAGCGGCUGAUGAAAUCAGAAAGCAUGCCAGUGCAGUUGAACAAAGGCGAUGUAGUUACAGGAAGCGAUGCUCAGGUUUCUGCUCCUGCCCAGACUCUAACUGACCCCCAAGGACAAAGCUCUAAAAACAUCAGCUCAUCGCCAAGCAUUGAGAGUUUGCCUGGAGGCAGAGAAUUCACUGGCUCCCCACCUUUGUCUGCUACUAAAAAAGAUUCCUUUUUCAGCAACAUUUCCCGUUCCCGCUCGCACACCAAAACGAUGGGCAGAAAAGAAUCUGAAGAAGAAUUGGAAGCGCAGAUUUCCUUCCUUCAAGGACAGUUGAAUGACCUGGACGCCAUGUGCAAAUACUGCGCCUCGGUGAUGAACACUCAUCUCGUAAACAUCCAAGAUGUGAUACUACAAGAAAAUUUGGAAAAAGAGGAUCAAAUUCUGGUUUCGCUCGCAGGAUUAAAACAGAUCAAAGACAUUCUAAAAGGUUCCCUGCGUUUCAACCAGAGCCAGCUGGAGGCCGAGGAGAAUGAACAGAUCACUAUCUCCGACGACCAUUACUGCUCCAGUGGUCAGGGCCAGAGCCAGGGCGACCAGAUGCCUGCGGCCACCAAGCAGGGCUCCUCGGAAGCCUCUGGGCACACAGAUGGCGCGAGCUCAGAUGACUUCAUCCUGGUGUCCAAAGACGAAGGCGGCGGCCCUCGGGGGCCCACCUCAGGCCAGCUCCAGCCCCUCCGCACCCUCAGAAGCACGUCCAGGAAAGGCGAGGCCUUGGCCCGCUCCCCACUCGUGUUCUCUGACCCCCUGAUGGGCCCGGCCUCGGCCUCCUCCAGCAACCCCAGCUCCAGCCCGGACGACGACAGCAGCAUCCACAGCAAGGACUCGGGCUUCACCAUCGUGAGCCCCCAGGACUUCUGACCCAGCCGGGCCAGACUGGCCCUGCCUCACCCCCACAGCUCAGAGCACACACACCCUGCCCCCCCCCCCAAGUCCAGAGGCCGGAGAGCCCUCUAAAGCCAACACUUCUUUCCCAGCAUGCAAUUGGCAUUGGUGCUGCCCACUGGAAUGCUUAGAGAAAUCCAAAUGAAGCCCAUGUGGCCACAACACCCAGCCUUGCUCACCAGAAUCCUGGCAGCCUUUCUGGGCCUCGACCCCCAACCCACCCGCACCACUCCAGGCCACCCCAGCAGGGGGUCAGACACCCGCUGUUGGCAAAGCCAGGCCACGGGGAGAGCCACUCGCCCUGCCCUCUGCCUGACUGAGGAGUGAGUGACUCCUCCAGUCUCUCUCGGGGCAUCAGGAAUAGAAACAGUGGUUGAUGCCAAGAAAGCAUCUCCCCGGGAGGCCCGCGUCGCCAUCAGUCACCCUCAUCCCUGCCUCGGGAAGCCAUACAGCAGAGCCGAACACACAAGCAGGGACUACAGCGAGUCAGCCCCAGGGCGGGGAGACCCCAUUCCUGACUCACGGGAAAGUUCCAGGAUCUAAACUUCAGAAUCAUAUUUAGGUAUGAGAAUAUGUUAGAUUUUUUUUUCCUUUUUCUUUUUAGUUGUUGAAUACAUUUCUAAACCUCAGGCCACUGCUGUCCCUCCUUCAACAGUUGGGUUUUACCUUUUAGAAUUUUUCAUAGCCAGAAAACAGGGUCCCUCUGUAGCCCAUGUUUGCCGCACUGGUUUCAGAAGCCGCUAGAAUAUCCCUGCUCCGGCAACAGGAAAAUGUCUGACAUCCUGGGACGCCCACCUUCCUGUCGGGUCGGCCGGGAUGCUGCCCAGCCUGCCAGCUUCAGCAGUAUGCACCGGUCAGCUGAGGGGUGAAGGGGAAAACCCGGUGCCCACUCGUUCAGAUUCAGAUGCCUGGGCAGCAGCAGGGAGUUAGGCCUGGAGCCCCAUCUCUGAGGAGCAGGCUUUCCUGAGAACAUUUCUGGUGCUGGGAGGACCCAGGGUUUCUGUACCUUUCACCGGUGUUGGGGCUGCAGGGCAGGCCUCAGCUGGGACAGUGACGGGGCAGGGGCCAGCCUGGGAGCCCAAGCCCUCCCCACCCUCCCUUGGCAGCUUAGGAAGCCGAGAUGGGUGCAUUGCCUCUCUGGGCCAUUUCUUGCCAGUGCCUCAGCCUUUAGUUGACGGGAGGGGUGGGGCCAUGCUGUCAGACUGGGCCCUAGGUUCCAGCCCUGCAUAGGGGGGCGGGGGGCGUUGUUGGCUCCUGAGGCCUCUCCUUAGAAGCUGGCGAGGCCCCGGGCGGUGGAAACCUUCCUGGUAACAAGUGGGAACCAGUGGGAAGGAGCCGGCGCCGUGUGCACAUUCCUGCCGCUGCUAAGGGCACAGUCCCCCGUGGACAGAUGAGUUCGUGACACCACUACCUCCCUCUCCAAGAAAGCCGGCUGAUGCGGAGAGGCGCCGAAGUAGCCCCAGGGUUUGCGCUGGGCCUCCAGCAGCGGGAGGUGACACACCCGCUCCAGGUAGGCAGGGGUGCCCCACUGGCUGUCGUGGCCCCCAGAGUAGGGUUGCUGGCCCUCCACGGUUGCUUGGCACAUGUGCUGGUGAAACCUGGUGGCUGUGCCCUCCAGCGGUGGCCGACUCCGUGCCCUGGGAUGCCACUCUCACCCCCAGUGCAGAUGCCACCACCAGUGACUUUGUCACAAAGGAAGGUGGCCCUGUUUUCCCAUCUGAGGUGACAGUCCCCCAGCAGCUUGGCCACCGUCACCUGCUCACCCCUACGUUGUCCUCUGCCUGAGAGCAAGUCUCACACAAACUGAGUGUCUCUGGCCACACAAGAGGCCUCUGGAUGCCCCGCCACCCCCGGGAACCUGAGCUGGUUCCCUCUGCUGGCUGCUGGUCUCCCCUCUGGUGCCUGCCCUGUGCCCGCGGGCCUCGUGCACUUCUGGAAGAGACACCCAGGGCAGGGACACCAGCUCCCAUGGGCUCAUAGUGCUAGGCCUUGUCCCAAGUGACUUUAUUAUCAUUUUUAUUCAUAUUUUAGAAUUAUUGGCAUUUUUAUUAGUCGCAGUGCCAUUAAAGAAUGUGUUCAUCUUUAUUUUAUCAGGUACUACUUUGGUUUACUUGCACAUUUUUUUUAAAAAAACCUGAAUAUAUGAAACUCUUUUGUUUUCCUUGAGCCAACGUGGUGACCGGCAGAAACCUUGCCUUGGUUUGAUAAUUCAGUUAAAGUUAUUUUAUACGCACACAGCUUAGAUGACUCUCCCAUUUCCCAUUUUCUGCUUCUCCUUAGCACAGCCCCAAUGUGUUUCACGCAUGCCUCUUUGAUCAAACGGAAAUUGGAGCUUAAAACUUGCCCCUGUGCAUUACAUAGGAGAGUCUCAGGCUAGAGGAAGACGCUCCCUAACUACUUUGCCUUACCCAUCCGCAUUUAACCCGUCCACGGUCUAACUCCACCGGGAGCUCUCCUGAGAUGACCUCCGGACGUUCAGUGCUCACUGCAACGUGGCCAACGACUGAAGCCCCGAAGAACAAAAGACUCUCAGGGCCGGCCUCCCAGUGUCCUGCCCCAGGCUGCGCCCAGGGAGCUGCGGGGCACAGGCCGCCUGGGGCGCCCCGGCAGGAACCGGAGCUCCCCUGCCCUCCCUGAGGGACAGCCUGCCAGCGCUGACCUCAAUUUAUGGUUCCUUUUAAAUUUCGUUGUUUUUAUUUUUUUUUAUCUUUAAAGAAAUGACCCCAGAGGUCAUUGCAGAACAAGAGCACGUGGCGGCCCACGUCUCCACCUAUGGCCUGGCUGUCCUGUGGCACCCACAGUCCACCUGGCCCCCGUGGGUGCAGAGCCCGAGCCUGGAAGGCCAAGGAGGGCUCCCGGGGGCGGGACAGGCAGCCACCGGGCUUCCGCCUCGCAGGCCAAAUCCGGGCGCGUGUCUGCGCGCGUGGCGCCCUCGGUGUCCGUUCCCAGUUCUGCGCCUACAGUGUUCGCCAUAGGGUUCGUGUUCCACUCGGUGCCCACGUUGCCAUGUGGUUCUCACACAGUGGCGGGAUUCGCUUGAUUCCGUGUCUGCUGUCCCAGCUGCGCCACUGAUCCUCAGCCCCCUCCCCAUCGUCUUUUUUCAUGCUGUAACUCAAGAUGAUGUAAGAAACCGUGUAGCCUUUCGGCAAAAUGAUCCCUUGAAAAUGAUUAUAAUAAAAGACUAACGUGAAACCGA